ACAGAAAUCAGCUGUUUCUUGAUUUGUGUUAUUGUGUUUAUAAAAUAAAGUUUGUGUUCUUUACAACAUGUUUAAUAUGUGAAAAAAUAUUGUAUUUUAGUGGAACAAAGAUUAAUACAAAUCAUGCAAGGAAGCCCGUCGUUCUACCAAAAUUAUUUUAACCUGCCACAAGAACUUAAAGUAAAACCGUUGGCCCUUAUUGGAUUUUCUGGUUUAGAUAUUGUAAAUAAUGCCAUUCAUAAAUCAGUUUGGGAAACAUUUAUUAAUCGUAAUGAAAAGGCGGCAGUAUCAUAUAAGCUUAUAAGUAACACCCACAAAUUUCCGGUAAUUAAACCCAAAAGAAAUUCUUAUGAUUGGUAUGUUCCAAAGGGCAUAUUAAAAAACAACUGGAUGAUUAAACACCUUAACGAACUUCCUGCAGUUAUUGUUAUUUUCUAUGACUUGGAUUGGAAGGAUAGUCUUUGGAAUGAAAAGAUGAUUGAAUGUGCUUCCAGAGUGCAGUCUUUAAGGGCUGCUUUAGAAGGAAGAGAUACUCGCAUAGUUGUAGUAUUAAUUCAAAAUGUUUUGCCUCUUCCAGAAGAUCCUUUAGCUGCAGAAAGAGCAGUAGCACUUUGUUCCAGUUGUGAAUUAAAUUCCCAAUCUUUAUAUAUAUUACCUCAUGGUCCUCAUUUACUAGGCUAUACUAUUCGACUAGAGAAUACAUUCUUUGAGUUUUGUCAAAAUUAUUAUUAUAACUGUGCUAAAAAUGUAAAACUUCAUAAAGACCAUCUUAACAAAAACACACACCAAUAUCUCUUUGUUAGGCAUCAGUUUAAAAUGGCAUUUUUUAAUGAACUGAAACAGGAUAUACAGUCAGCUCAUAAGCAUUAUAGUCUUUCGUAUAACAAUUUAUUAGAUAUCAGAAUAGUUGACACAAAUGCUUUGGAAAUUCGUACAGUGGCAGGAUUUAUAAGCUAUAAGAUAUGCAAAUUAAUGUUUGCCUUAAAUUUGCCUCGAGAUGCAAUUGCACAAUUUAAGUCUCACAUUGACAAAUUUAAAAACAGAUCUGGUUUUCAAGAACUGGCUUUUGAGCAUUUUGCUUGGUUAUCAAAACAAUAUGAAAUUUUUGGGGAGAUUUUUGAUGAUGCUGUUAAACAAGGCCUUCCAGCAGUUCAAACUCAACAUCCUGGAAUAUAUUAUCAACAAGGGGCACAGUAUGCAAUACUAAGGAAGAAAGCGUGCCAGGAGCUGUGUUCAAAAAUCAUUGCUUAUCCUCAUCCAGAUCCUUUAGAAGGUAUAGAAAGAAUAGAUUUUUAUGGUCAAAGACUUUGGCGACCUGGUAAAAUGUCUAGUGAACCUCCAGAACCUAUUGUUGAAGCAAAUGGUAUUCAAGCCUUGCAAUUUUUAGAAAAUCAAAUUAAUCAUUCAAGCAUUAUAAUUUCUCUGUAUGGACUUGCCAUUGCACAGUAUAAGAUUUAUAAAUGUCCAAGAACAAGAAGACAUCUAGUAUUACAGAUGGCUGAGGAAUGUUAUGAUUCAAAAGAUUUUGGGAAAGCUUUAACGCUAUUAUCACAUAUGCUGUCAGAUUAUAGGGAGGAAAAAUGGUGGGGUAUAAUAUCUAACAUUUUAGAGAAAGCAAUAAAAUGUGCAUACUUAACAGCAAACGUACAAGAUUAUAUACAAUUGGCACUUGAAAUAUUGAGUUCUUCAAUUAACGUAGCCUUAGAAGAUAAAAAAAGAAUUUAUGAAAAUUUGAAUAGAAUAUUUAAGAAACAAAUUCCUUAUGGAGACCCAAAAUUACCCCAUGAUGUAUUACAGAAUGCAAUAAUUCUCUGGCAACCAGUAUUUAACAAUGUUGAGCCUUCUGUUUUUACUUUAGAUAUGACUAAAAUUAUUUCAUGUGUUGAAUCGAAACUUAGAUUUACGAAACCAACAUUUGAAAUAGAUCAAAAAGUUUCAAUAGAUAUUUUUAUAAAAACCACUUGUCCAUUUCCUUUAGUAUUUUCAGAUAUAUCACUAAAAGUUAAUUCACCAUGCACAAGUAAUGAAUUGUUUAUUGACAAAUCCGAAAAAAAAUCUCUUAUUUUUCAUCCCAAUGAAGUGAAAAAGUUUGUCAUAGAAUUUGAAGCAGAUCCAAAUGAUAUUAAUAAGGAAAUUCAGAUUGAGUGGAUGAAUAUUACUAUAGGGAAAGACUCUGAAUGUUUAGUCAACCUUAAAUUUGAAACACAAAUACUGAAUGUAGAUAAUUCAGAAAGCAAAUGUUUCCAAAAACAAGGAAAAAAUUCCGAUUUUAACACUUUAAAAUCUAUACACAAUUCAAUUGUUGUCCCUAGGGAUUCUAAAGUCAACCUGAAAUUUGAACAUGAUCUGCCUGCCCUGGUUGGAGAAUGUUAUGAGGUUUAUUUACUAAUUAUUAACGAGGAACUCAGUGCCAUUAAAGACUUAAAAGUUGAAAUAUAUACAGACGAUGGCAAUAGUGAAACACAAUUUUCAUCAUUACCCUCCAUGCAGCCUGAAAAAUUGCCAAUAAAUCUGCCAGUCAGUCAAACCCUAGAGAAGGAUUCAAGGAUUAGGACCAGUAUAUUUAUAAGAGCUUUUAAUCCAGAAAUAUGCAACAUUCAUGUAAAAAUUAUUUAUACACUUGAUAGUGAUAAACCUGUUAUCAGUAUUAAAAACGAAAUGAUUAUUUUGCCAGUAGUCCAGCCAUUUGAAAUAACAACUACCUAUGUGUCGGUAUUGAUGCAAGAAAUACAUAAGUUUUACGCAGGUGAAGAAUUUGGUGUUAUGCCACUGAUAAAAUUUCUAUCGCCUUGGCCGAUUCAUAUUGAGAAUACUUCUAUCGAAUUUUUACCGCCCCUAAAAUCACUUGAAACAGAGCUGCAUAGUCAAAUAGCAGGACUGUCAUUUAAUAAAGAGGAGAUUAGUUCUGAAUUCUAUCUGGCCUUAUCCGAAAAAUCAUCUGACCAAAACAUGGUUGUGGGAGAAUAUAUAGUUACUUGGAAAAGAGAAAAUGGAGCCAGUGUUAUUACCCGGGUACCAUUACAUGGCUAUCACUGUGACUGGAUUCCCCUUAAUUUAAAAAUAUCGGCUCCUGCUCAUGGAUUUGUCCGAACUCCUGUGAUCAUUCAGUACCAUCUUAUAAAUCAUUCUUCACAUCUAGUUCAGCUGGAUGUAGGAAUGGAGGCUAGUGAUGGGUUUAUGUUUUCAGGAUAUAGACAGUCUUCAGUAUCAGUGUUGCCAAAUUCAACUAAAACUCUCCAGUACAAUCUUUACCCGCUUAUAGCUGGCAGUGUUGCUUUACCACGAAUUCUCUUGACCAUACCGGAGAACAGUACAGAUGGGCCAGCUUUAAGACAGGAUCAAUUGAACCAAUUAAUAGAAAGAACUAUUCCGCAAUAUAUCUAUGUUAUACCUCAAAUUAAAGGAAACGCAGAGUUGCCAGAGAUUAUUGAGUCACGAGAGAUGGUCCUUUCAAGUUAAUCAUAAGUAUUCCACAUUGUUUUUUUAUAUAUAAAUAUAAUAUGUUAGAAAAAUA